GCUUGCAUCUGAUAUUCAUAUCUACAUCCAGAACAGAAGCACCAUGUCUCACCACUCCAUCCUUGGUACCUCUGGACACAAGCACUUCAGCUCAUGUUCAGUAGCUUCCCCUAGAAAUGGGACCUCACACCACACAUUCUCACACUCAUCAAAAUCUGCAGCUCACGGUCAUUGCUUUAGCAGUCGAAGUGCCCAAGGUAUGAGUUCCAAGGGCCAGAAGAUCUCAAUGGGAAGCUUCCUUUCUGGCAAAAGCGGACAUGGAUCAGGAGUUGGUAUUGGCAGAAAUGGCCAUGGAUUUGGAGGAGCUGGUUGCUCUGGAGGCAUCACCCCAGUGACUGUAAAUCAAGGUCUUCUCGCUCCUCUUAACUUAGAGAUUGACCCAAGUAUGCAGAGAGUGAGGACAGAGGAGAAGAAUCAGAUUAGGGGUCUGAAUGAUAAAUUUGCAACUUUCAUAGACAAAGUGCGGAAUUUGGAACAACAGAACAAGAUGCUUGAGACUAAGUUGGCAUUAUUACAAGAACAGAAGACAGGUGGCAUGCAAAUUGAACCUCUGUUUGAAACUUUCAUCAGAAACCUAAGGAGACAGCUGGAGAACGUGGGCUGUGAGAGAGAACGUCUGGAAGGAGAAAGGAAUGGAAUGGAGCAAACUGUGGAGGAACUAAGGAGACGCUAUGAACAAGAACUAGACAAACGUACAUCUGCAGAGAAUGAGUUUAUUGGACUAAAGAGGGAUGUAGACACGGCUUUCAUGAACAAAGCUGAAUUACAAGCAAAGGCUGAUUCUCUGACUGAUGAAAUCAACUUCCUAAGAACUCUGUAUGAUGCAGAAAUAGCCCAGCUCCAGGCUCAGAUCUCUGACACCUCAGUGGUUGUGUCUAUGGAUAACAGUCGAGAUCUGGACCUGGAUGGGAUCAUUGCUGAAGUCAGAGCUCAGUACGAGGACAUUGCUAACAGGAGCAGAGCUGAGGCGGAAGCCAUGUACCAGUCACGGUUCCAGGAGCUCAGUAUGGCUGCAGGGAGAAACGGGAAUGAUUUGCAGAGCAACAGAGAUCAAAUCUGUGAGCUGAACAGAUCAAUUCAAAGACUGAGAGGAGAAAUUGAUGGUGUGAAAUCUCAACGAGCUGCCCUGGAAGGAGCUAUCACUGAAGCUGAAGAACGUGGGGAAUCGGCUGUCCGAGACGCCAAGAACAAACUGUCUGAGCUGGAAGGUGCUCUGCAGAAGGCCAAGCAGGACAUGGCUCGUCAAAUGCGAGAAUACCAGGAAUUGAUGAAUGUGAAACUGGCUCUGGAUAUUGAGAUCGCCACCUACAGGAAGAUGCUGGAAGGAGAAGAGAGCAAAUUGGCUAAAGAUGGACAUGUUCAGAUAUCUGUGCUGCACUCCAGUACUGGAGGUAAACAAAGCUCUGGAGGCAUGUCACAAGGAGGCAGUGGCAAUCAUUACAAGGCAGGUUUUAGCUCAAAUGGUACAAAAAGUGCCCACCAUGUCUCAAAAAGCAAUCACAGCUCCGGCCAUGGACACCACUGCUGAAGGAAAUCUCCAGAUGGUAGGAAAUUCAUUGGGUGAACAAAUUCAUAUUUCAAUGCUCACCCAACUAUGCUGAAUUCCCAAAUUCUACUGUGAUUCCUGCUUUUCUUGCAUAUUGAAAUUGUAACUGCUUAGUGGUAACUAGAUGCACGUAAAAAGGACGAAAAAAGGAAAAGAAAAAAUGAGCCAAUGCAAACAAGUCUGACGCAUUUCACACUAUAAUCCCUGCUUACUCAUAGGUAAAUAUAGUAUCACUUUAAACCACAGGUGACCAAAUGGUAGACACCCAGAUGUUUUAAAACUACAACUUCCAUGAUGCUUUGCCAUUCUAAAGCAUUACAACGGCAUGCAAAGUAUCGUAGGAGUUGUUGUUCUACAAUAUCUGGAAAUCUACCUUUUGGGCACUCCUUCUUAAACCAUGAGGUAUGUGGAUAUAUUGUUACAUUAUAAAUCCUCUUAAAUCUCCUAUGCACUUCCAUCUACAGGCCUAUAACUAAGCACCGAAUAUAAUGUGAAAUACAUAUGUCCCUUCCCCCCCUCCCCAAUUUUUCUGUGUGUGCCACUGUCUAACUUUUGAGCUAUUAAUAAAUUCCAAUUUAUAACUGC